AUGGCUCCCCCCACAGUGGUCCAUCCGUCUUCCCCACCAGACCGGAAUGAACCAUCCACCUCUGGCUCCAAUCAACGGGCACCGGUCGUCGAUCCACUCCCCCAUGGCCUCCCGAUCCGCUUCUCUCGCCUGUCGGUCCCAUCGUCGUCAUCGCCGCUGCUCGGGACGCCCGCCGGUGGGGGAACCUCGGAGGCGCUCGUCGCGACCUUGGGAAGCGCGAUGAUCGACUUGAUCAGCCUCGGUCCGGUACGGAGGGUUGUGAGGUCGACGAUCAACCAGCGACAUCGGGCACAAGAGGAUCCGGGGACGACCUUGAGCGAGCGAGAGCGAAGAGAUCGGACGAGAUCGAUCGUCGCCGGCGUAGAGGGCGUCGUGCACCAGGUAAGUCGAGAGAACGUCUAGAGUGGCCACAGUGGAAACACGGUCCGCUGACUUCGGAUACUCGCGCUUUACAGGGCGAGAUGCUACUGAUUGUGGGGCCCCCACCGGCGAACGUCUCGACUUUGCUUCGAGCGCUCUCAUCACCGUCCGAUCUGCCCAUCUCGGCCUCGUCCCAUCUCGACUAUGGCCAAUUACCACCUUCGACCGUUAACAGACCGUCCAUUAUCCCGCCCUAUCCCGCCAACGCGGGCAAGCUCCGAUCCCAGGUCGUCUAUAUGAACGACAACGACGUCCACUUUGCCACUCUCUCGCUUCGCAACUCGAUGCUGCCUGGCUCGCUCGCCAAAACCCCAGGGACACGGGCACGACUCGAUGGAUCGACGAGGAGACAGUGGGCCGACUCGCAACUGAAUCGACAUGUCGAUGCCAUGGGCCUCUCUCACGCGAUGGGCACCAAGGUUGGCUCUCCCGUCGUCCGAGGGCUUUCGGGUGGCGAAAGGAAGCGAGCAUCCCUCGUCGAAGCCCUCUUGACAAGGGCUUCGGUCCUGCUUUUGGAAGCUCCGACAUCCGGUCUCGAUUCGUCCACGGCUCUGAGCGUUUUGACGUACCUCCGACAUUGGGCCAAGCGGGGCAAGCGGUCGAUCGUCGCGACGGCCCCCCACAUUGCAGAUCCGCUCUAUUUUCAGUUCGACAAGGUGCUCGUUCUCAACUCCGCCGGUCGUCAGAUCUACUUCGGCAAGACGAGUGAUGCGCAGGCAUACUACGAAACACUCGGACUUGGUUUUCAUCGACGCACCGAACUCGGCGAAGGAGUGGCCGAGUUUCUCGUGGCAUGCAACGAGGGUCGUGGUAACGAUCUAGCGCUCGAGAAGGCAUGGAUUAAGAGCGAGGCCCGACAGCAGGUCGCGAAUGAGAUUGCAGACUACGACAAGAGAUACCCCCUCGAAGAAUGUGCUCAACCUUUGCUCAAAGCCCUGGAUCUGGAAAAGAGCCGAACGACCCAGGCCCACUAUACCGUUUCGUUCCUGUAUCAGGUAAGCCGAGCGCCACGGGUGGCAGAUCGGAAGACGAGGCUAACGCUUGGACUUUACUUUUCGAAAGGUCCUCCUCCUCACCCGACGACAGUAUGCUCUCGUCUACUCCGAGCUGCCCGGCUACGUCACCAAGACAGUUGUCAACAUCCUGCUGUCCAUCACUGUGGGCACACUCUUCUUCCGACUACCACCAACCUCGUCUGCCGCUUUCACUCGUGGAAGUUUGUUGCUUCUCUCGAUCAUGUUCAAUGCAUAUCUCUCACUGGCCGAACUCGGAAAGGCGAUCGAAGGCCGAGACAUCGUUAGGCGGCAAGGAGAUUGGGGCUUCUUUGGAAGCAGUGCAUUGGCACUGGCUCGAGUGGCCGGUGAUAUCCCGCUCAUUUUUGCACAAUGUCUGCUCUUCGGUACCGUUACCUACCUCAUGGCGGGUUUGCAGGUGAGUGGCCGUGCUCGCCUUAUAAUGCGCAGUAGUGCCGCGCAAAUGACUCAGUUGCUGAAUCAAAGCUCCCUCGUGACUGACGCGUACCUCUCUUCAACCUGCACAGUCAACAUGGUCCCAUUUUUUCAUCUACAUUAUCUUCGUGAAUGCGACAGCACUCAAUCUUUCGUCGAUGUUCCGCAUGUUCGCCGCCUUUUCCCCUGGCUUUGAGGAAGCCAUCCGCUUCUGCGGCAUUUGCCUCAACAUCCUCGUCAUUUUUGCGGGUUACUUUAUCCCGACACCAUCGAUGCGGAAGGGUCUCAAGUGGAUUCAUUACGUCGUUGAUCCCAUCUCUUAUUCAUACGAGGUGAGCUAUUCGCGCGCGUGUACCUCGUGCCGUCUGACAUGACCUGACCAGGCUCAAUGGACACGUCUAGGCCGUGCUCGCCAACGAGUUCCACAAUCUCAACCUUAGUUGCUCUCCGGACGAUAUCGUACCCUUCGGACCAACCUACACCCGCCCAGAGUACCAAACUUGCUUGCUAGCGGGGUCGACCCCCGGCUCGCUCACGGUAUCAGGCGACGCCUAUCUGGCCAUCUCGUACGAUUUCCACUACUCCCAUAUCUGGCGCAACCUCGGCAUCAUGGCCGCUCAAGCUUUUGUCUUCCUCGUCAUCGGUGUUGUCGCGACCGAGUUCUUGCACUUUGCUUCUGGAGGCACGAAGCGCGUGUGGGCUCGCACGAAGCGCGUGAUGAAGAGGUUGGAACGAGCCAAUCGGUGGUACAAGCAACGUAAAAGCGAUGAGGACGACUAUGGGGUCGACUUAGUGCCGAUGUUUGAGGAAGAUAUGCACGAUGACGAGGAGGAGUUGAUUCGUCAAAGUCAAGGGGUGCAAGAUGGGAGCACACUGAUGUGGAAGAACGUGUGUCUGUGGGUCGAUACCGAGUCGGACACAAGAAGGUUGUUGGAUCAUGUCGGUGGUUACAUCAAGCCUGGUCGGGUCUGCGCACUGAUGGGCGCCAGUGGAGCGGGCAAGUCGACGCUGUUGAAUGUGCUUGCAGGAAGGACGGUGGGAGUCGUCCGGGGAACCAUCUUGGUGGAUGGUAUUCCGCCCGACGAGCAGUUCUAUAGGACCACCGGUUUUUGCGAGCAAUUUGACUUGCAUGGUCAGGCUCUUAUCCUCACUUUUGACUGGUAUGAUCGCAUCGAGCGCUAAAGAUGCCUUCUUCUCGUGCAGAUGAGCGAUCUACCAUUCGUGAAGCACUUGAAUUCUCGGCACUCUUGCGUCAAGACGCCAGCAUCCCACGAGCUGAAAAGCUAGCUUACGUUGACCACGUGCUCAGGCUUCUCGACCUGACCUCAAUUCAGGAUGCGAUAAUCGGCACACCUUCGGAAGGCUUGAAUGCCGAGCAGCGCAAGCGCACGACCAUCGCCGUCGAAGUUGUCAGUCGACCUCGCAUCCUCUACGCUGACGAACCGACGACCGGCCUCGAUUCUAAAUCGGCUCUCAAGGUCGUCAAGUUGCUUCGUCGACUUGCAAGGACGGGCUUGGCGAUCAUCUGCACGAUCCAUCAACCUUCGGCCGAGACGUUCAACGUCUUUGAUGACGUACUACUCCUUCAGCGCGGUGGAAGACAGGUCUACUUUGGUCCGAGGGACGAGUCGAUCGCCUUUUUCGCUAGUCUCGGGAAGGAGAAUACGCACCAGAACCCUGCCGACUUUCUACUCGACGUCGCUGGAGCCGGUCUGGCAUCGACGGAUGGAGAAGACCCCAACAAUGAACCCUUCGUCGAGGAUCCCCCUCCCGACCAGGACGUUGCCCAAAAGUGGAAGGACUCGAGGGAAUGCGAUCAACUCGCCGAAGAACUGGACACUCUCUGCGCGGCACCCAAGAGGCUUCGACGCAAGGUCGCCGUACCAGGGACGUGGUUCGAAUGCGUCGAGUUGACGAAACGAGUGACUAGGCACUACUGGCGAGACCCAUCGUUCUCGUACACGAAGCUCUUCACUUCAACCAUUGUCCCGUUCGUGAUUGGUCUGUCCUUCUUCCGGGUCGCACAGGAGUACUCGAUCGUCUCGUUCCAGAAUCGACUGUUCUCAGUCUUUUUGCUCUUGUUUGUGCCGGUUGUCUGGUUGGUGAGUGCGACUUAGAAUGCACGCUCUGCUUUCCCGUAUUGAACUAGGCACCUUCUCUUUCGUUUCCAGAACGUUAUCAUCUUCAAAAUCUUCAAGCUCCGAGGCCUGUGGGAGGCUCGCGAACGCCCGUCGAAAAUCUACGGUCGCACGGCGUUCAUCACCAGUCUUCUCGUCUCCGAGCUCCCCUACUCGCUGGCAUGCGCAACGCUCUAUUUUGUCAUUUGGUACUUCCUCGUUGGGUUCCCACUCAAGUCGGAAACACUCGGGUUUGGUAUGUCCUAACUUCGAGAUGAUGAUUGGCGGGGAGCGUCCACUGACUUGCUCUUCCACUCCUACAGCCUUCCUCAUGAUCCAGCUAUUCUAUCUGUUCCAGGUGAGUUUUCUCAUUUCACUCAUCUCACAAUUUCUACAUUUCAUUGUUGAUGAGGUUUUUACAAUACCUCCCGUAGUCGACAUGGGCGUUGUGGAUCGUUUCACUCUCGCCCGACAUCGGAACGAUUGCGAACUUGCUUCCUUUCUUCCUCGUCAGCAUGGAAGCCUUUAAUGGCGCUCUGAUGUGAGCAAAGCUUCCUACACCCAGCCGUCGGAACUGUGUCACUGACGAAGCCUUCGUUCAUCCCCCCUUUGCGUCCCCCCUUUGCGUCCCACAGGCCAUACUCUCAGAUGCCAUGGUAUUGGCGAUGGCUCUAUUACGUCUCACCCUUCCAGCACUACGUACGAUCGAUGCUCGGCAAUCUCCUUCACGGACAGCCCAUCUCGUGCCUGCCAUCCGAACUCGUCACCUUCGAAUCGCCCUACUCAGUUUCAUGCGUCGAUUACAUGCGCACCUACCUCCGCGAGAACGCCGGUUACCUCACCAACCCAGCCUCGACGACGACGUGCUCAUUCUGCAAGUUCUCGAACGGGGAUGAUUAUUUGGCGACGCUCAACAUCGCCUACCAGGACCGAUGGCGUUCGCUCGGCGUCUUGUUCGCAUACACGAUCACGAACGUCAUCAUCGCUUAUGGGUUGGUGUUUUACCCUGUUCCUUGGGGCAAAGUGCUGUUUUGGCGCCAGAGUGGAGGGAGACAACAUGCUCGAGCCGAGAUGGUUGCGACGAAGGAGUACGAACGCGAAGUCGCGGAGAUAUUGACGGCGACGACGUUGAGGACUUAG